AUGGAUGAGUCAAAUCCUGUAGCAACUCCUAUGGAUAUCAACAUAAAACUGUCAAAAGAGAUGUCACCUAAAUCUUCAGAAGAAGAAAAAGAAAUGGCUAAGAUUCCUUAUCAGCAAGCAAUUGGAAGCUUAUUAUUUGCAGCACAGUGCACUCGACCGGAUAUUUGCUUUACAGUCAAAAAAUUAAGCAAAUUCAACAACUGUCCUGGCAAAGAACAUUGGACUGCUGUCAAGAGACUCUUUAGAUAUCUGAAAGGGACAAAAUCAGCCAAACUGAAAUUUUCAAGAAAUAGAAAUCCUGAAUUUCAAAUAUAUUCUGAUUCAGAUUGGGCAAACGAUUGUGACGAAAGAAGAUCUGUCACAGGAUACGUAUGUAUGUUACAGGGAGGUGCCGUGUCUUGGGCGACAAAACAUCAGCCAACUGUUGCAUUAUCCACAACAGAAGCCGAAUAUAUGGCAUUUUCGGCCUCAACUCAAGAAGCAAUGUGGAUUCGUGGCCUCGAGUCUGAACUGAACCAUAAUUUAAACAACUCGGUCGUGAAUAUAUAUUGCGACAACAAAAGUGCAAUUCAUCUAUCGUCGACAAGCAAGUACCUAUCAAGAUCCAAACACAUUGAUGUUAGACAUCACUUUAUUCGUGAGAAGAAGAACAUGAACAUUAUCUCUUUUAUUGGAAUUGGAACUGAAUCAAUGGUUGCAGAUUAUUUUACUAAGCCAGUUUCCACCGAAAAACAUAAUAUCUGUUCUAAUAACAUGGGUUUACGUUUGAGGUAA